GUGCUCGCUUAUACUGCUCUGCCUCGCUGUGUAGUGCCAAUGUGUGCAUGUGUAAGUUGCUGUACGUGCGCGAAUAUCAGCACUGCACACAGACAAAAGCUCUCGUGUACAAGUCGUCGUCGUCGUAGUCGCACGGCACUGCCUCGCUCUUCUGUACAGCAGCAGCAGCAGCAGUGUAACGUUACGUCUCCGCUCCAAGAAGAGGGGAGUACUGCUACUUUUCGCAGACUGCCUCGCUCUUUCUCUCUUUAUUGCACAUAGUCCGGAGAGAGCCUAUAUGCGCUGCGCGACUGAUAAAACAACAUAAAAGCAAUAUUUAAGUGUGUUAUAUAUCGAAUAAUCAGCCACCAUUUGACAAAUCGUGCGUCGACGCCAAGUACGCGAACUGUGACUGCCAAAGUGUUUUGCUGCUGCUUGCCUUUGCACAUCAAAUGGCAUGCGGGAAAAUCCGUCUGUACGACGUUGUAUUAUGCUGCUACUGCUGGAUCGCAGCUACGACGACGUAAGAAGCGAGACAAAAGGUAGCUCGUCCUGGACUAGCUACGCGAUUCGCUCAUCAUCCUCGUCGUCUCCGUCGUGAGACAUCGCCAUCGGCUAAACAUUAAUUACGUUCGUUUAUGAUUUUUAUGCGUAUCAUCAUCAUCGCCAACGCACCACUCGGCACUUCAGCAGGAAUGCCACUGAAUCUGACUUGAGUCUCUCUCUGUCUCUCUUUCUCUCUCUCUCUCUCUCUCUACUACUUAUAAUAAUAUUAUACACUUUAUCGCGAAACUUUCGCUCGGCUCUGUCGUAAUUCAGCUAAAUCCAGUUCUACGACUUAGUCGUAAGUGUACUCGUCGAUUUGAGUAUUUAUACUGUGAGCUACGUUGAUUGUUGAAAAAAUCCUACUCUAGCUUGAGAGAACCUGCGCAAGCGGGCGACAGCUAAAACAAUAACAAUAAUAAUUUGUGUUUACAAUGAGCGAAGACGUGACUAAUCUCGAGGCGAGACAUCAAUUACACACACAUGUGUCUGAUGUAUUGGACAAUGAGCCACAACAGCAGCAGUUUCAACAGCCACAGCAGCAGCAACAACAUCACUCUCCUGUGCAAAGUAACAACGCCAACAACUGUGUUAAUUCAAAUUUUGAUGGUAUACUCGACAUGUCUGCCCCAGAGAAUAGCAUAAGAUUUCGUGGCCACACGCUAGACAAGGCUACAAAGGCAAAAGUGACACUGGAAAAUUACUACAGUAAUCUCAUACAUCAGCAUAUAGAGCGUAAGCAAAGAUUAGCAAAGCUUGAAGAGUCUCUGAAAGAUGAAGCUUUGACAGAGCAACAGCGACAGGAAAAACGCUUGCAGCAUGCACAAAAGGAGACAGAGUUCUUGCGACUUAAACGUUCCAGGCUUGGUGUCGAAGAUUUUGAACCUCUUAAAGUUAUCGGUAGGGGUGCUUUUGGUGAAGUUCGUUUAGUUCAAAAAAAAGACACUGGACAUGUUUACGCCAUGAAGAUCCUACGCAAAGCUGACAUGCUUGAAAAGGAACAGGUGGCUCAUGUAAGAGCUGAGCGAGAUAUUUUGGUAGAAGCAGAUCACCAGUGGGUAGUUAAAAUGUACUACAGUUUCCAAGAUCCAAUUAAUUUAUACUUAAUCAUGGAAUUCUUACCUGGAGGUGAUAUGAUGACCCUUCUAAUGAAGAAAGACACCUUGUCAGAAGAAUGUACUCAAUUUUAUAUAGCCGAAACAGCCUUAGCUAUUGACUCUAUACAUAAGCUUGGUUUUAUACAUAGAGAUAUCAAGCCAGAUAAUCUCUUACUGGAUGCUCGUGGUCACAUUAAAUUGUCAGAUUUUGGAUUGUGUACUGGUUUGAAAAAAUCUCAUCGAACUGACUUUUAUAGAGAUUUGAGUCAAGCUAAACCUUCAGAUUUUAUGGCUUCUUGCAGCGUUGGAAGUGGUGGUGCAAUAGAUAGUAAAAGGCGAGCUGAAAGUUGGAAGAAAAACAGGAGAGCAUUAGCAUAUAGUACAGUAGGUACCCCAGAUUAUAUAGCACCAGAAGUGUUUCUUCAAGCAGGAUAUGGGCCAGCUUGCGAUUGCUGGUCUCUGGGUGUGAUCAUGUAUGAAAUGCUGAUUGGCUAUCCACCAUUUUGUAGUGAAAAUCCUCAAGAAACUUAUAAAAAAGUUAUGAACUGGAGGGAGACUUUGAUAUUUCCUCCAGAAGUACCAAUAAGUGAAGAAGCUAAAGAUACAAUAAUUAAAUUUUGCUGUGAAGCUGACAGAAGAUUAGGAUCACAGCGUGGCAUAGAAGAAAUUAAAUUGGCACCGUUCUUCAGAGGUGUCGACUGGACAUAUAUUAGAGAAAGACCAGCUGCAAUUCCAGUUGACGUAAAAUCAAUAGACGAUACAUCUAAUUUCGAUGAUUUCCCAGAUGUCAAAUUAGAAAUAACAGCACCUCCUACACCACAGGAUGGAGAAACAAUAUACAAAGAUUGGGUCUUCAUUAAUUACACUUUCAAGAGAUUUGAAGGCCUGACCCAGCGUGGUGCAACUAAUAAGAAAUAACUAUUGCCUGUAACAAGCGUGUAAAACAAAUAUACAUAUUACAUAGUAAAAGUGAACACUACCUUUUAUCGAAUGCAAAUUAUUUUUCGCGAUUGCCAUUUGUAGCAUUAAUUAUAAGAGAUGUACAAUAGAAAAUAUUAAUAUAAAUGUAAAAAACAAAAAUAAAAACGACAAAAUUUUAAAGUUAUAUAAAACUAUCCAAUU